UAGUUUGCCGGUCAAUAUUCGACCGGGUAGUAUGUUUUCUGGUGUUACCUCUUUAGAUUUCACUUAUGUUGAGUUUUACCGUGCUGAUAGCCUCAAAGUUAUCCCUUGUAUUCCUUGUCUUGAGGUGCUAGUGUUCUGGGAUUGUAAUGGGAUAGAUAAGUUUGUGAUCAAUGCUCCAAGACUUAAAUACCUCAGCUUCAUGGACGCUCAUUUCGUGGCUGAAUGGAAAUGGUUUGAGCUUCAUUUUCCUGUCAUUAAGACUCUUUGCUUCGGUGCAUCUACGUUUGUGGUGAGAAUCAUGCCAUUAUAAAAUGUUGGACCAUUCGUAAAGACUAGGCCCCAUGAUAAAUAUGUUUUUGUCUAGUCUUUGAGAGUUCUUGUGCCAUUCAAGGUUAACCACUUACUUUGUUUUGUUUUUGACUUUAUAAAGUAUAACAUUGAUGCUCCAAUAAAUAUGCAAGAGAGGCUUCCAAUUGCUACAAACCUGCAAGUGAUUGAGCUGCAUACUUUUAGGUUUACUGAUGUGAAUUGCGUUAAUUUUGUUAUUCAAUUGCUUCGGAAAUGCCCAAAGCUACGCGAACUGGAGAUAUUUAUAAGAAAGCACCAGUCACAUUUGCAUGGUGAAGCUGACCCAACUAUUUUGAGUAAUAUGGACGCCUGGUUUAGUGAUCUGGAUCUCGGCGAGCUUAGAAUACUCAAGAUGAAAUCAUUUAGCGGAUCAAGACAGGAAAUGCUCUUUAUCAAAUUAAUUCUAUCAAAGUCUCCGUCCCUUCAGGAAGUUUUAAUUACGGAAUCAGAUCGCAUUGAUGCCUCUGUGGCUUUAAAAGUACCAAGGGAGAUGAUCUCCUACCCUCGUGCGUCUCCUAAAGCCAAAGUGGUUUUCUGUGACAUAAGUACGGGCUGCUUUCCCUGAAUAUAAGGCAUUUGUAGCAUUCGGGACCAAAUCUUGGGGUGUUUUAACAAUCUGAAUGAUACCAUUAUGGGCCUAAAUAGUAGAUCCUUAAAUGGUAAACUCUGUUCUGGAAAGAUUUAUGAGUUGCUAAGAUUUAAAGGGACGCCGAGAGUGUGGAUGAGCUUUAUUUGGAAAUCUUAUAUCCCUCCGAAGUUCUCAUUCAACGCUUGGCUUGCUAUGAGGAACCGGCUACCUACGCAGGACAGCCUUGGUUACCUCCAUAUUGUUAACCGUUGUGACCUGUGCAAGGGUGGAUUGGAAACAAUACCACACCUAUUUUUCCGUUGUCAUUACACCUGUAGGGUUUGGAAAAAAAUUAAGGAAUGGUUGGGCAUGACUCGAGAGAUGACCACACUAUGCAGCGCCGUGAAAUGGAUCUUGAAAGAUCAUAAGGGUUCAAAGCUCAAAGGGAAGGCUGUCCGGAAAACGAUGGGCAUGAGAAACUGGAGUGCUCGUGAAGUGACAUUUGGUAUUAUAGAACAUUUAACUCACAGGUUAAAAGGUGUUACUUUUUACUAAUUGAAAGAGCGUAGGUUAUACCAUGUACUACAUAUAUGCUAUUAUGCUAUAGAGAAGUAGAACAUUACUGGAUUAGUGGAUUAUCCGUCUUUUGUUGUUGUAGCAUUCCAUCAUCCUCAUGGGAUUGUACUGUUUCUAGUCCGUGUUUAGAAUAUAAGCCGAAUCGUGGGAGUUUU